GGAGCCGGGGAUUUUCGGGCGUAAAAAGCGCAAUUAGUCAUGGGGUGUAAAUAGGGAGAAGGGAUAGAGAAUGUUUCGGAGCACGGGUUGUGGAACUGCCGGUCAUAGAGGAAAAAAAGGAAUGGACUGUAGUUUUGUGGCAAUUUGGAGCUAAGGAGAGAAGAAGUGAAAGGGGAUUUGGGAGACUGGUAGGCGAGGAAGGGGAAAUAGAGACAGGUGUGUGGCGGCGACAAGGCAGAGAGACAGAACAAUGGUCGUGAAGCGAGUGGUAUGAGGCAGGAGCGUAUGGGGAGGUCAAUGGAAUGGUAGUGGGGGUGUGAGGGGCAAAAGAAUGAGGGUAGUUCAAGGGGCAUACACAUAUUUGUAUGGGACAGGAGCAUGAGAGCAAGGGACAGGGAGGCAGAGGAAUUUGGUUGGAGAAUGUUGGGAAAGCAAAGGGCAUAUCCCAAAAUCACAGUAGACAGCACCAGUCUUGAAGAUUGUUUAAAAAAGCCUUUAUUGUAACUUCAUGGCUUUAUCAUCUGAACAAUCGCAACAACGUUUCAAUCCGCAUGGCCCUUUAUCAAGUUGAAGCAAAGGGCAUAAACAGAGAGGCAUAAAGGUGAAGGGCAUGUGACAGAAGGAUGAUGGGAUGAGCAAGGGGCAUAAACAGAGGGGUAUGACAGUAGAGAGCAAUGGGGAUGAGGAGAGGGGUAUGGGGAAGGAAGAUGAAGGCAGAAUAAGGAGCGUGAAGAGAGGGGUAAGGAGCAUGAAGAUCCCCUUGUACAAAAGGACCUGGCUGAUAAUAAUGUGACAAUAUCUGGGUGACAAUAAUUUAUAAAGAACUUGUCUGGGAACGUCAUAAGCAUUUGGUUCCUCUGACACAUGAUCCAGAUAAGAGUACUGACACUUUGCUCAGCAGACUCCAGCCUGUUCCCUCUGUUCUUCUGGGGGUGAGCAGCAAUGUUACUAUUGUCAUGUCAGGUUGAAAGCUUGAAACUCCUGCAAAAAUCAUCCUGACCGUGGUUAAUGACACAUUACCAGCCCAAGGGCUUAUUACUAUCACAGAUAAAUGCCAUCAGAAGCUCCAGAAUCACUUGUCCAAGCCCUUGCCCAGAUCUUACAUGAGCAUGGAGAUAAGGUGUUGGACGGGAGCCGUAUCCUGACACUCCUAACCCCAUGCCUGCAGGUUGUUACGCGCCUGUUUGAACAGCUGUUCCCGCGGGGCCCGGGGACUGGUUUCCAGGCACUUCCAGCCCACCCUGCAGACAGCGUUCCUAUCUUAAGGGCGCAAUUUAUGCUCGAUAUGCUCCAGAAAACACCAUCUCUCAAGCUCGUCCAUCCAGCAGAGUGCCCGCGUCAGUUUGAUGUGAACAUAUUCCCCUUUAAGUCCCUUCGUAGUCUGGAGUUGCGCUGUCUUCCUCCACACUGUCUCCGUGGCCUUCGUUCUGUGUAUUCACAGCUGGAGGUUCUGAUCUGCUACAGAUGUGUCAGCAGCUUAGAGGAAGUUAUAUCUCUGUGCGGCGGAGAUCUGAGCUCAGCUCUUCCAUGGCUUGAGUUACAUACUCUGGAUUUCAGCUAUAAUACCCUCAAAGAUCUAGACAGUUCAUUGGAAUUGUUAAACAGUCUCAAGAUUUUGGAUUUAAGCCACAAUCAAAUCACAGAAUGUGGUUCCUAUUUGAAGGUUCUGUCAGAGCUUCAAUACCUUAACCUGGGAUAUAACUAUUUGACAGCAGUGCCAGAGCUCAGUAUAGGAACCACGGCUAAACUGCAUAGCCUCAUCCUGAGACACAACCAACUAUCCAGCAUCUGCGGGCUAGAGCAUCUCCCUAAUUUGCAGCACCUUGACCUGUCCUAUAAUUUGCUGCUAGAACAUUCAAAACUCUCAAGCUUGACAAGACUGCACAACCUGAAACAGCUCUUUCUUGAGGGGAACCCUUUUUUCUUUCAAAAAGACUAUCGUGCAUUAACGGCACAGCAUCUGUCCCCCAAGGCCUUUGACAAGUUGUUAUUAGAUGGGAGUUUACUGUCCGGCUCGGAGAUAAUGAAUGCACAGAUGUUUGGGGAGAAGGUCAGGCUGCAGCCAAGCAGUUCAGCAACUGAGAGCUCCUGCACCGGAGACCUGACCGACAGCUAUUCUGCUGCUGAAAAAUCUGCUCCCCGGCUCCUACGGAAGAAAUCCAGGGUUAAAGUCCGCACAGCAAGUAUCUCUGAGCGCAGCGACAGCGAGUAUGAACAGCGUGGGCAGCCAGUUGUUCUGCAGCACCAGAGAGAUAUUGAGCGCACUGACAGUUUUCGGGAGCAGUUUGGGGUCGAUUGGUUGCAGUACAGAUCCCACUUGGAGAGUGAGUUGGAUCCAGAUUAUGUGAACAGCUCUCACACAUCACCUCCCAGGGCCUCUCCAUCUCCUACAAACCCGAACACUGACCUUAAACAUACGAGUCCGUCUCCAGCACCCGAGUGCCCCAGGCCACCCAGCCCAAAGACCAGCGUUAUCACGCCCGAUAAUGAAUUAAUGGAGAAAGUAGAGGAAGGGCUUGAGGAACAUUUGUGGGGACUGCAGGAAGCAAAGAAGACAAGUGAAGAAGAGGGAUUGAUAGGAGAAGCCUUGUGUUCCCCAGUAGUGGUUUGCCCCGUCCUGAAUGGGCAGCCAAGAAACCCAGACUGGCCAUGGGUUUUCUUGAGGAUCACACACCACUUUCUGUUGGAGAUGGACCCUGAGCGAGGACGGAUUUUGCUUAAGAGAGAAUUGCACAGUCUUCGAGGGAUACAAAAAUCUUCGGCUCCCUGGAACUGCAAUGGAGAGGAGCAAGAGUUGCCUUUACUGACCCUCAGCUUUGAAUCCGUGUGUGAGGAGAAGCAGACUGUGAAUUAUGUUGUAUUGGACAAUUCUCCCGAGAGCUCUGUAACGAUUUUGCUGGAUUUGCUACAUCCCAUGUUGGAGAGAAACCUGAGGGAGAAAGCAGAGUCCCAGGAUGAUCUUACAAGGAUGCAGUGUCUAAAAUGCAAAACUGAAUUUAGGCAUGAGGUUGAUAGAGGAGACAUCUGCAACCCUGAAUCUAUACAACAGCGGAAAGAUCCCACUGCCAAGGGACUACACAGAAACCAUACAGGGGAUGCUUCCUGCCCAUCCUGUGGUAGUCUGCACAUCAUUCUAGCAACCUUAAAUUCCAUUGGAGAGGUCAGCACCCCACUGCGCCCUGUCUCUACUGAGCCACCUCAAGAUAAUUAUGUUGGAGGAGGACAGGCUACCACGUCCUUUUACCUGAGUGAUGAAGAAGACAGCUCGGAAGCAGACAGCAGCCCCAACACUGCUCCAAGUGAAGCAGAGAGAACUGUCUUCUAUAGUUUUGAUACUGAAGGUCAGGACCAACAACUGGCUAUGGACACAGGGAGGAGCAGCCUCACAGGCAGCUACAAAUACACAGCUUUAAGCCAGAGUGGCAUCCUACCCCAAGAUGGCUGGCAGAUUAGUCCUGGUACUACUCAGACCCUGGAUUUUCGGCUGGUGGAUCAUCGCCUCAAGCUGUACAUAGACAUGGAAGUCUUGGAUGGUGACAUGGAGGAAUUCCGCUGUUGUAUGAAGGUGCCUGUGGUUUGCUUUGGAAAGGCUUUAGAAUUUUGGGCUCUAGUUGCAGUCUCAAAUCAGAAGAUCUAUUUCCUGGAGAUAACUGGAGAGAUCAGAGGGAACCCCGGUGAUUGGUUACAACCAGCAGAGUCCCAGAGUCUCACCUUACUCACACACUUGCACGUUGGACUGCAGGAGCAGAGUUUGCAUUUGGGAUUUGACAGCUGUGGAGGUGCAUACACACUUCUGACAAGAAACCAGCACCAUUGCAGAGUGUUUACAAAGCAGAUAUUAGAAAUACUGUCUGAACUCCCUGCAAGGUAUCACAGUAAUCUUCAGCAAAGCUCAGAGGAAUCCAUAACCCCCCACCACAGACUGUGGCCUUUCAUACACGAUAAGCUUGGAAUGGCGGAGAGUAACAGCCCCCCUGAGUUUCUCUAUGUGUUGCUGUUCUUCUUGCGAGAGGAUGUAGUGUCUCCCAAUGCUGACAGCUCCUGCGUUAAUACAGACUCCCAGCUACCUCUGGUAAAUACUGCUUCACCUGCUGCACUGACACAAGGGGCGAGGGCUGCCUCCCCUGUCUCUCUCCUGAUCACACGCACCCACAUGUACCUUCUAGAGGAGGAUCAUCAGUGGCUUCCUGAUACCCGCACCAAUGAACUACCUGACAACAUGCAAAUGAAGGAAAAGCAGCCAAUCAGCAAUAUCAGCUCCGUACAUCUCAUAAAAUCCGCAUCCCUUCACCUCCGUAUCCAUCUUUAUAAUGAGACACAGCAGAAUGAGAGCGCAUGGCUCCUAUGGACUGAAGACCCAGAAAAGCCCAGAGAGAUUGUGGAGUGGCUCAGGGAACCAUGGGAAGCAGAGUAUCACAUUCACUUUAAUCCUGUUAUCCAUGAUACUUGACUGCUGACCCUGCAGGAAUUUUCUGUGUGGCCCAUUUGGGGAGAUAGUCCUAGAUGUCAAAUUAUCAUUGUAGGAGGCAUUGGGUGAUAACAAGACCAUUACAGGCCCCCAGCCCUUGCAGAGAUACCGCCCAAUGGGACAUGAUUGGGCAGCCUCUGGCAUUCCAGAUGUUGUUGAAGCACAACUUCCAGAACCCUUGGGGAGUUGUAGUGCAACAACCUCAGGUUAGCUGCAUCUUGCCUAACUUUGCCUUGCAGGUUGUGUUGCCAUACUGGAGCUCCUCUCCUCCAGACUGGCUCGGUCUUGCCAGAGGAUGCUAGAUACAUGAUAAGAAGGGACAGGGAGGAAGAUUUGCACUCGUUUUUCUAUGUUCUGUAAGUUGCUCAUUUUAUCCUGAUGUAAUAAAGUUCUAUCAUUUUAAAGA